GCCCACGCGGGAGGAGCGCGGGGGUGGGCGGGGAGCGCGCGGCCGGCGGCGGCGGCGGCUCGGAGCGGCGCGGCGCGGCGCGGAGCGGGCGGCGGCGGAAGAUGGAAGGAGCCUCCUUCGGCGCGGGCCGGGCCGGGGGCGCCGUGGACCCCGUGGAUUUCCUCAGGCAGCCGCAGACCAUCCUCCGGGUGACGGCCUGGAUCUUCUCCAUCGUGGUGUUCGGCUCCAUCGUGAACGAAUGCUACGUGAACCGGGACAGCCAGGACCCCGAGCUGCUCUGCAUCUUCAACCAGAAUGAGAGCGCCUGCAGCUACGGCAUCGCCGUCGGCAUCAUCGCCUUCUUCGGCUGCAUCUUCUUCUUCGUCGUGGACCUCCACUUCCAGCAGAUCAGCAGCGUGAAGGACCGCAAGCGGGCCGUGCUGCUGGACCUCGGCUUCGCAGGUUUCUUGUCCUUCCUGUGGUUUGUCGCUUUCUGCUUUCUCGCAAACCAGUGGCAGCGGACGACGAUGACCAAAGGGGUUUCGCAGGGAGCAGACGCCGCCCGGGCAGCGAUCGCCUUCUCCUUCUUCUCCAUCAUCACCUGGGUCGGCCUGGCGCUGAAGGCGCUGCAGCGGUACCGCCUGGGCACGGACAUGUCGCUCUUCGCCACGGAGCAGUUCGCGGCCGAGCCCGGCGCGCCGUACCCGGGCUACCCCGCCGGCAGCGGCGUCGAGAGCGCCGAGACCUACCAGAGCCCCCCCUUCACCGAGACCUUGGACGCCAACCCCAAAGGCUACCAGGUGCCGGCGUACUGAGCCCCCGCCGCAGCCCCCGGGGCCGCACCGGUGCUGCUCGGCGGCGGCGGACGCGCGCAGUGCCGGCCCCUCGACGGGGCGAGCCGGCGCCGGGGCCUCGCUAUUAGCUAGUCGUGCAGUGAACUCUGUACAGUGGUGUUGGUUCUUGUCGUUCCUGUCCCAGGGGUUUUGUCAAAGCAGUGUUCCCUCUAAGCCGCAAGGGAGGAAGGUCGCGGCCGCAUCCCCCCCCCCCCCCCCGGGCGCCCCAAAAGCAGCCGGGGGCUUUUCCGUGAGCCCGGCGGCGGCGGGAAGGGCGAAUUUGCAGAGAAACGGGCAAAUCCGCCUUCCUGCCGCUUGCACGUAGCUGCCGUGCGAAGCCGCCGACCGGGCGUUUCGGCUCAGCUGGGGCCGGAGGUGGGUUUGUGCUGAGAAACCGACUUGCUUCUGUGCUUCAACAUGAUGCUGGGCGAUGCUAUAAAAAAAAAAAAAAAAUCAGUGUUUGAACCUUGCUUUGGGAAACCGUUCCGCAGCCGUCUGGGUUGGAAACAGCCGCAGCGGUGGAAACGCGGGCGCUGCAGGUCCUCGCCCGCCGCUGCCUUAGGUAAAGUUUGCAACUCCACGACGGCUGCGGCACCCUUGCUCGCGCCCGGUUCGGCGCGGAGGUGUGGGUGUCUCAGUGACUCAAAGCCCGAGGCAAUUAGGAAGCAGUUUAUGGCUUGUAUUUUUAUCCCGGGAGCAGCCGCCAUCUGCCACGAGCUGCAGCAACCCCUCGGGUGCGAAUCCCUGUUUUCCCCGCAGGCUCUAGAAACGCAGACCUGAAACGGAGAGCUGGGAAGACUUUAUAGGCCAGCAGAGUCCAUCAUGUGGGCGCUGAGCAGAGGGUAAAUGUGGCCCAUAUUUGCAAAUAACGUGAGAACGGAGUGAAAAAAAAAAAUGCCAGUGAGAGAGGCCGAGUUUUGGGUUUCCGCGGCAGAGCUUCUGCCUCAUUAACAGCAAACGGAGGUAAAGCUCCGGCGGGUGUUUGGCAGCAGCUCGACUGCUUCCCGCCGCGUCCAGCUGCGCAGCGGCAGCGAUUUGGGCUGUUAGGACCGAGCGAGCCGAAACGUGGGUUCCCGGCCCCGGCGGGGGCUCUGCCCCGGGCUCCCCCCCCCCCCCCCCCGGCCUCCUGCCGCCGCAGCCCCUGGCUAGUGCUGGCCUUUUGCGUUGCUCGUUUACAGCUGCAUUUUUAUUGGCAAAAGUUGCGGGAAACUUCUGAUGCCUUCUGACCUCAUGACAAGCAAUAGUUAAAUACCUGCCCUAGCUUUGCCGGUAGCAAAAAAAGAAAAAUUGACAGUUUUUGUCAUCGUUAACACAGCUCCUUUCUGCUGCUAAAUUGCAAAUAAACGCAUUCAUUUAGAAGCAGCAAACCUCACCGUAAGCAGGCAGCGGCAGCGGCGAAACGCGUUACUUGGAUGCCGCACCGUGCUGGGCAGAUGAAACCGUGCAGUUACGGCAAACGCCGGAUUUACUGGAGCUGGAGCCGCUGCAGGUGCUCGCGUGCAGCCUUUGCAAAGCUCGGCCCGUCGGCAGCCCGCGCGGUGCCUCGCGUUAGCUACACCAGGGCCAGCGAAACCCUAGCCCACUACGAGCCUAAACUGCAUGACCAUCGUGAUUUUCUACAGAGUCAGUCUUGCUGGAAAAGAGAGAAGAAAAAAAAAACACCCAAAAAAGGCAAAAGAUUGAAUACAGGGUACAGUAGAGCUGUAGCAAUAUUUUCCUUAGAGGGAACACUGAAAUUUUAGCAGCACAAAUGGUACUUGUGUUAAUAUUUUAGCAAAAUUAUAAUCAAUUUAAAUGUUUAAAUUGAUUGUAUGUGGGAUAAUGUUUGUUCGGUACAUUGUAUUUUUUUUCUAACUAUAUCGCUGUUCCAGAGUUUCCUUGUAAUCGUAGAGAACAAAAGCGCUGUCUGACCGCGAGCCGUGUCCCCAUCGCUGGUGUAAACGUGCCGAGUGUUAGAGCAGCUGCACGUGAGCCCCGCGGCCCGCCGCGAGGCAGAGCAGAUUGCUGCCUGAUUAAACCGGAGCCGCGAACAGCCUGUUUGGUCCAGCACCGCCAAGAGCCGCCCGGAGAAGCCGCGAUGCUGCCGCCUCUGCCGCGGAGAGGCUUUCGCGGUGCCCCGCGGUACGGCGAGGAGGGCGUUGGGGAGCUCCGGCCGAGCCGCUCCUGCAGCCCCGGCUCGGGGGUGUUUUUUUCUAGGCAAUGGUGCAUUAGGUACAACUGCCCCUUCGAGGCCGUCUCAGCUGGCCGGGACAGGACGAAACGCAAUGCACGCGGUGUUGCAAUGCGUAAGACGCGCACGCCUUGGAAACAGUAUUUACCCACCUUAAACACACGUGCUGGGCUGUUGGCUAGACUGUUGUGACCCCCCCGUUCAACUCGCUGGCGCUGGGGCCGGCGCGGGCCCUGCCACCCCCCUGCCCGCGCGCCCUGGCCAGCAACGCCACGUGCCUACCGGCUGCACUAAAUCCUGUUUCCAAGCCCUUUGCAAGACCCUCCGGUGUUUCCUCGAGCUGUUUUAAGUGUUAAUAGUGCUGUUUAUUAACUGUCAUAGCACAUCCUACGUAUCAGUGAUUUGUCAGACAGACUAGUGUAUACAGGUAUGGAUUGUAAUUAAAUAUAACCUUAUGGGCUCAUGGUUAGAGAAUUACUAGAUCCAUCAGUGUAAUAACUGUCGUAUAUUAACUGGGGUUCAAGUAUUCCUACAUCGUCCUUCAUACCUCUUUCACGUCACUUUUUCUCAUCCUAACUGCACCGUGGUACAACAGACACUAGCUGCUUUUCCUGUAACCAUCCAGACCCGUCUUAAGAGCAUGCCAGGACGUCGCUGUGAGUUUGUGCCACGCCAGCUGCUGCCCUCACGCUGCUCUCGCAAGCUGCUCCACAUAUCCUCGUCCCCCUCGAGCUCCCCAGAAGCCCAGCAGCUAGCUCAGGCUUGCGGAGGGCGGGAUUAUAUUGCCCUCAGAAUAGUGUGCCGAAAGCUUCUGCGUAGCGCUAGCACUGAAUUUGGGUGUAAAGAGUAGAAUUGAAGCAAGAAUACCGUACCGUUCCUGGAGCUUCAUCCUACACAGUAAUCCUGCUCCAGGAUACUUUGUUGUGACAAGAAGUAUUUCUCAGCACUGAAGUCAAACACAUUAUGAUUUUUGCAUAAACUUUACUGUUUUUUAAGCAUAUUAAGAAAAGGUUUGAAAGAAAAGCUGUUGCUUGGAAAUUGUUUCCAACGUUUUAAGUUAUUCCUAGCAAGAUGGAAGCUUUGCUUAGCUCAUACUUAGAAAAAUAUACCCCCCCCCCUUAACUGUAUGCCUGUAAAUCUCACGCAUUUUGAGCAGAACUUCCCCCCCUUUAAGUGAUGUUAUUGGCAUGACAUCUGUUGGAUUUUGCUCAUUUUUGCCUAGAUGCUGUGUAAGAAGAUGAGUUUCCCAUCAGGCAAAUUGCGUAGAGCUACACAGCCACGUUAAAAAUUAGCUCACGUUCUAAGAGCAAGUGACAAGGACAAGCAUUACAUUUCUUUUUUAGUUCUUUCAAUUUUCCCCAUCAGUUUUUUACUGUGGGUAGCUCAUACCCACCUGUGUCCCCCAGAAACCCCAAAUCUUGCAUUGCUGGCUAAUUCUUAGUUCCACCCUGCUGCCUUUGAACAAAGUUAAACUAACCGUGGUCAUUGUCUCUUCACUAGUGAAUCACAUCAUUGCUUUUGUGGAAUCAGUAUUUCUCUCUAUAUUAAAACUACUGUAUAUAUUUGCAAACUCCCUUCCAGUCUUUUUUUUCCCCUGAAAUGGGCUGGGGAGAGCAGGCGGUCUAAUCUCAUGCUGUUUUAUUCACAGUACUUUUCUAGAUAGCAUUUUUGAAGCUGUGUGUGUCAGAAGACCUUCCCCUCACAUCUGAGGCUUAAAAAUGGCCUUCACUUUAUCAACUUGAAACCCAAGUUCAGCUGCCUGUAUUUUGUUGCAAUAUGCAUUUAAACCUCAGAUUCUUUAAGAGUUUUACUAUCGAACUGAUACCAAAUGUGGUUUGCAAAUUUAAGUUUUUUUGCAGAUACCUCUGUAUAGGCAGACCGCUUCAAAGAGUUGCAGUUGUCACUAAUCUUAGGUGCAUUGUAGUAUAAAGUGGACUGUGUAUGGAAAUAAGUUAAAAAUGUUUACAACUUUUGUAUAUAUAUAUAAAAAUAUCUUUUGAGAGAACAACCUGUGAUUAUGUAUUUUUAGUGUCUGUGUACCAACUGCAACUUAUUUUCAAUAAAGAGUUAAAAAUGAACAGAA